AACGAAACUUCUGGUAUUUUCGCGGCAACAAAUAUAGCCAUCAUCAGUCUCCGACGUCUAACUGCAGAAUCUUCAGUCGAUCAAAUUUGUGCUCUCCUCCUUCCUUUUGGAGAAACCUGGUGAAUUAUACCCCCGGGAAUGGCCAGCUUUCUGCACCGUGGCGCUCAGAACUUUGCUCGAGCUAAUAGGUCUAUUCUUUCACGUUCACUGAGAUGGUUUUCUUCUUCGGACGCUUUGGUGGAGGUUAAUCCGGGCGAGAUCGGCUUGGUCUCGGGGAUCCCUGAGCAGCAUCUUCGAAGAAGGGUACUUAUUUACUCACCUGCUCGAACUGCAACACAACAGGGCUCUGGGAAAGUUGGGAGAUGGAAAAUUGAUUUCCUGUCUACCCAUAAGUGGGAGAAUCCAUUGAUGGGUUGGACAUCCACUGGAGAUCCAUAUGCUAAUGUUGGUGAUGCAGCACUCAGUUUUGAUAGUGCAGAAGCUGCAAUGGCAUUUGCUGAAAAAUACGGUUGGGAAUAUACAGUCAAGAAGCGGCAUACACCUCUUCUAAAGCCCAAGUCGUAUGCUGACAACUUCAAGUGGAAGGGACCAGCAAAGAACCAGGAUGCUUAAUGUAACUACCCAACAUCCAUUUUGAUGCUUGAAAGAUUGUGCUAAACUUUAUCUUACAUGUAAAGCUUAUGUAAUGCAUGAUGUACUCUAUUUGUGAAUGUAUAUUGCUGCUUCUACCAAGAACAAUCAACUUUUCGAAUGGAAAUUGAUCGGGAUUAUGUGCCUAAUUCUGUGUAAAAAUCUCUUUUAGUCGAAUUAGAAUUCUGAAAUGGAUUCUGAAAUUAAUUUUAAUUUAAGUGGGGACUCGAUGCUUGUCAAAUAGUAGAGUAUAAACAUAUAUUUAGCCUAAGCAUAUCCUUCUUUUAUUUAAUCGAUGGUAAAAAAACGUUGACAGCUGAAUUGGGUAAAGAAAACUGCCAAAAAAGAAGAUUUUCAAAUGAGAAAUGUGACCUGCAAGCAAGGGCUGCUGCAUUGGCCGAUCUCUUAACAAACUUGAAACUGCGGAAUAGAUUGGGGGGAUCAUUGCCUAUGUUGUAGCAAACUGAAACAGCUCAUUGUAGUCCAUAGGGACUGGUCAGCAACGGUCACAUGAUAAUGGGCCAGGUAAUCGUUACAUUUGGGUUUAAAUGGGCCUCAUGGUGUGGUCAGGUCAAGCCCAAGAUACAACGAAUAGCUUCCUCGAACUCGAUGCGGGUGAUUAGGGUUUUGCUCCCCCUCCCCCCUUUAUAUAGAUCUCCAUAGGCUUCUUUGCUCUCCCUGUGCGGAGGGUCUCUGGUUGGGUGGUUGUUUUGUCGAAUCCCUUGAUUUCUUAGCUGAAUCCGGUCUAUAUUUUUCUGAGCUUGGUGCUUUUAAUAGAUCUUAUAAGCUGAAGAUGAUGAUCGGAAUGCUGGGUGAUGAUCAAUUUCAUAUGAUCUAAAUAUCUCCUUGCUGCGUUCUUUCUGAUUCAGGCAACCUCUUUUUUAAAAUUGAUUUUUUUCAUCGGAUCACGUAGAUGAUGAUAUCAGGAAAUCUUAGGACACCUUCUGACGCAGUACGAUGCUGCGUGUGAGAAAAUAGAUUUUCGUUUCUGAUAUUUGAUCAACAAUAAUAAUUAUUAUUAUUAUCAUUAUUGCUGAUUGUUGUUGUUUUGUAUUUGCUUUCUUCGGAGAUUUAAAAUUCUGAUUUCCAAAGUGAAUGAAAGUGUAUUUUUUUUCUUUUA